AUGGGUUCAUUGCAUGUACUCCCAUCAGUAGCAUCAAAUGUGACCAUUUGCAUCACAAGGGUAAAUCUUCAACAUGACUGUUCUUUUGUGGAACUUGGAGGAAGUUUUAAUCAUGUACAACUUGCAAAAGAAAUAUCUGACCAAAUGAAACAAGACAUUCAAAUUCCUAAAGAGAGAGAUUGUGAUUUUGAAGGGAAUCCUGGUGAUUGUCUUGUUGAAGAAGACCAGACUUGGCAUCUUUUCCUAAUUGAUGAUGGAAGAACACUCUGGGUAACAAGCACUGUUUUGGCAAGGGGUCAGAGUAGCUUUUUUAAUCUGCUGCCCAUGAUGGAGCUUUUUAUUCUGGCCAGUGCAUCACCACUUUCUCUUGAAAACAGGUGGUCUCCAACUGCUUCGGAGUUUCUCAAGUCUUUGGUCGACUGUAAAUCUGUCUCUGGAUGUGUGCAGCAUGUCAUGAUGCCAAAUAGAAUUAUUCUUCUUGAUAUUUCAGGUAUAUUCAAGGAAAUGCAGGAACUGGGAUUUGCUAGAAUGAUGCCAUUUGAGAAUUUUAAACAACUUGCUGGAGAUUAUUUGCUUGCACCACAGGAUAUUGUUUCCCUUCCAACAAGUUAUACUCCGUCAGAUGUUCAAACAAAGGAAGAUGGCAACAUUCCAAAUUUUUAUCAGUAUUUGUACCCAGAAUUGCUGCCUGGAAUCAUUGAAACUGUGGAAGUCAUGCAAGUAGUUCAUCCAUUAAAGAUUUUUUGCAAACUGCAUGUCUUUUCCUAUGAACUAAACAAGUUAAGUGAGCAGAUUCAUGAAUUCUAUGAAGGCACUGCUGCUGCAUUAAUGGAAAGGCCACUAUGCGAUGGGUCUCCUUGUGCUACAAAAGGAAGUGAUGGCAAGUGGUAUAGAUCUCUUCUAAAGCAAAACAUUCUGUCAGAUAUUGUGAAGGUGUUUCAUGUUGAUUAUGGAAUGGGGGAUUUUGUAAAAGUUGGAGAUAUCAGACCUUUAUCUUCAAAGUUCUUCAGACUUCCAGUUGUUACGUAUCCAUGUUCCAUGUAUGGUAUAAUGGAUGAUGGCAAUGGCUGGACAACAGGUCAGAUUGAUAAACUGAAAACAAUUUUACAGAAUCAAAUCUUCAUUGGAAAAUUUGAGAAACAAAGUUCAUCAGAAGGAAUUUACUGUGUUACACUCUAUGGAAAUGAUAAUGUGAACAUUAACAACAAUUUUGCUGUCCAAGAGAAAUGUCUGUAUAUAACUGAAAAAGCUGCUUUUUACUGCCCUUUUGGGAUUCAAAGCCAAGAAAGUUUUAAAGGUUGCCAUAAGCAUGCAUAUUCAGUACCAACUCACUUGCUGGACUCUCACAAUCUUUCACAAGUACAUCAUCAGAAGGCCAUGUCAUCUGGGCCUGCUGAAAGUGAGACAAGUAUAAGACAAGUGUGUCCUAGAGAAAAAGUACAUGGAAUUCAACCUGAGCAGCUUUCUUAUUACAAUAAAGGUGGAUUUGUCCUUCCUGAACAGUUAUUUACUAUCGGAAGUGUUGUGGAUGUUAAUGUAUCAUACAUGGAAAAUGAUCAGAUAUUUUGGUGCCAGUUGGUAAAUUGUUUGGCAAGUCUUAGAACUCUAAUGCAUGAUAUCCAAAGUCACUAUUCAUGCAGUCAGUUUCAACCCCCCACAGGUUCUGUUUGUAUUGUACGUCAUCCAGAUAAUGGACUAUGGUACCGGGCACAGAUUGUAACUCGCCAUCUGACCCAUCAUGUUGAUGUGAAGCUGCUUGACUAUGGGCAAAAGCUUAAAGUGCCUUUGCAAGAUUUGCGACCUAUUGAUCCCAAAUUUCUAACGUUGAUAUGCCAAGCUUUUCAGUGCAGCCUUUUUAACAAAACAAGCUCUGGAAAUUUAACUUUGAGCAAUGAUGCCAUGUUAGACGUCUUCGGACCUAUAGACCAAGCACCAUUCUGCAAUAUCCCUUUGAAAUUUACUAUAUGUGCAGUUAUGUAUGACUCCCAAGGCAAAGUGCUCAAUAUGGUAGAUUUUAUAUCUCCAUCUCCUAGUUCUUCUAUUUCAGACCCUUUGCUGUUUCAGAAUAAAUUUGAUAACUCUUCAGGACAAUUGUUGGAAACAGCCUUUGAUCAGAAUGACAAACUUACUACAUUAACACAUGAUCUCAACAUGGGUGCCAAAGAGAAGGUUAGGAUAACAUGUGUUAUAGGUGUGAAGCAUUUCUAUGGUCAGUUGAACCGAAAUGGUCCCAUAAUUGAAAACCUGACAAAAGACAUCCAGCAAUUUUGUGGUAUGGCCGAGAAGGCCAGACAUCAGUUUUCACCUCAAAUGAUGUGUCUUGCAAGAUAUGGUGACCAGUGGCACAGAGGACAAAUCAAAUCCAUAAAUUCCAAAAUCAUUGUGCAUUUUGUUGAUUAUGGUGAUGUCUUGACUUUGGAUACGUCUGACGUUUUACCAGUUCCAGCUCAGCUCAGUGCAGCUAUGUCUAUCCCAUUCCAGGCUGUGUGUUUUCAACUCUUCAAUGUACAUUUAGAAGAAUCCCAUGAACUGAAUAACUGGUUCAGAAAUCACAUCACUGACUGUACAUUCACUGUUACUAUAAUGGAGAGAAAUCCUGCUGGAAAACUAUCAGUGAGACUACAUGAUGGAAAAACCAACGUAAAUCUAAUGAUAGAGGAGAAAUUUAAUGAAAGUAACAAAAACGAAAAUGUCAGCAAAAGAGCAGUAAGCAAAUUACUGUCCAACGACAUGGAGCCUUUUAAGGGAAAAGGAUGUUUUGAUGACAAACUCCAAGCUAACUCGAACAUACAUCAGAAUGACCUGAAACAGUCUGAGCAAAGCCGCUCUGACAUUGAGAAAAAUGUUCAAAGUUUGAAUGUAAACAUUUGUAAAAGUGGACUCGCAACUGGUAAAACUACCCCUAGAAAAGUGGACAAUGACCAACAUUUAACAUCUCAUUCAAAGCUCAUAGAACUUCCUUCAAGAUUCUUAAAAGCAGGAUUAGUCUCAGAAGUGUACAUUUCACAUUGCAACAGCCCAUCAAGUUUUUUCAUUCAGCUUGCAAGUGAAGAGUGUGAUAUCUUUGCCCUUGUUGACAAACUGAAUUGUUCUCACAUAUGUAAGUUACCAGUUGAUUUUAGCCAGUCCCAUCCGGGUGACAUAGUGAACGCAGAGUAUCCCACAGAUGGUGCUUGGUAUAGAGCAGUUGUUCAAAACAAGCAUAAAGAUGGCACAAUUCAAGUGGAAUUUAUUGACUUUGGAAAUGAGGCAACAUUACCUGUUUCAAAAGUGUGGAGGUUGGACUCAGAAUUUCUUCAAUUUCCCAGAUACAGCAUUCACUGUUGUCUUUCCACAGAUGAUGGUAAAAUACAAACACAAUGGACACAGGAACAGAUAACUGAUUUUAAAAAUGUGGUUUGUGAAAAGAAAUUGUUUUGUCACUUUAUCAAACAGAAUUCAUCUUUUUGGGAGGUUAACAUAAGGGACCAGGAUGUUAUGUUGGCAGAAUCAUUCAUAGAAAAGAAAACCACAGUAAACUUAAAUUGCAAUACGCCACAAACUUUCUGCUUUCAAGAUGUCUGUUCAGGACAAUAUAAGAAACCAGUGUUGUCCUUGGGUCAGACAAUAGAAGUAUAUGCCUCAUCGAUUGUAGGACCAGAUUUUUUCUGGUGCCAGUACACAGACUCUACAAAGCUUGACAAUAUCUCCUUGGAAGUUCAAGAAUUUGGUAAUUCUGCCCAAACAGAUUUGGUUUCAGUUGAUCAUUUGAGCCCUGGAGACCCAUGCGUAGCUUUAUACCCAGAUGACAAUAUGUGGUACCGUGCACAAGUUAUUAGUAAAUCUGCAAGCUCAGUCUCUGUACUUUUUGUAGAUUAUGGCAAUGAAAAUGAGAUUCCCUACACUUCGGUAAAGGCAGUACCAACCAGCCAACUGGAAACCCCACCUCAGGCAUUUCUUUGUCAGUUGGAAGGAUUCAAAGUUACACAUGGCUGCUGGAAUGAUUCUGCAGCUGCUCGAUUUUUUGAUCUUAUUGUAGAUAGUCCUCUGAAGGUUAAAAUUCAAAAUAUGGAGGAGACUAUCAACUAUUCAACUAUUUUCAAGUACCAUGUCCAGGUCGAGUGCAAAAUGCUCCUUAUCAAUGACAUCAUGAAGGAUUACUGGAAUCACUCUAUCACUCAAGUUUGUGAACAAAGUAGUAAUGAUGGUUGUCUGAAACCUACAGAAGUAGAAUGGUCUGAUGCAUCUCAAUGUUUACCUAACGUCACAGAUCUCCACCCUGUAACCAUCAAACAGGAUUUUACUUCAGAGGUUUAUAUUUCACACAUUAAUAGCUUAUCAAGUUUCUUUGUGCAGUUGGCAAAAGAUGAAAACUCUCUAUUUUUACUCACAGAACAACUAAAUUCUAAUAGUUCAUUGGUGAAUGAUCUAGUCCAAUUAAACUCUAUUAAGUGUGGAAGUUUGGUCAAGGCUGUUUUUCCUGAUGAUGAGUCUUGGUAUCGUGCAGUCAUCAAGGAUAAUAAUGGAAAUGAUGGAAUACAUGUAGAAUUCAUAGAUUUUGGAAAUGAGGCCACUCUUACCUCUACGAAUGUGUGCAAGCUUGAUGAGCAAUUCCUGCAUUUCCCAAGGUUUAGCAUUCACUGCUGUCUUCAAGAAAAUACUGCUGGAAUACAAAAUGGAAUGGAAGAAGAGGCAAGUUUACUGAGCAGUGUACUUGCAAAGGGUUGUGAAAAGAAACUGUUUUGCAAGUUCAUCAAAGAGACCAACUCUACUUGGGAAGUUCAAAUCACAGAUCAGAGAAGCUCUGUGGAAGAGAUUUCCCUUGAAAAAUGGGAUGAUUUUAAUGAACUUCAGACUGCCCCUCCACAUCAAGAAUGCUCUGAAGUAGUGAUGUUGACAGAUAUGUUUUCAUUCAAGAAACCAGAAAUGUCCACUGACCAAACAGUAGAGGUGUAUGCCUCAUCCAUCGUUGGACCAAAUGAUUUUUGGUGUCAAUAUGCAAAUUCUGAAAAACUUGACAAAAUAUCUCUGAUUGCCCAAGAAAUUGGAAACAAUGCAGAGACAGGUUGCAUUAGGAUUGGUCAAUUGUGCCCAGGAGGCCCAUGCAUAGCUCUUUACUCUGACACAAUGUGGUACCGUGCACAGAUUAAACAAAAAUCAUCAAAUACUGUGUCUGUAAUUUUUGUUGAUUAUGGAAACGAGGCUGAAACAGAACCUGAUUCCAUCAAGCCAUUGCCUGUCAGUCUGAUGGAGUACCCACUUCAAGCAUUUCCAUGUCAGCUAGAAGGAUUCAAUCCCUCUGAAGGAUACUGGAAUGAUAAUGCACAUGCAAAAUUCUUUGAGCUUCUAUCCGAUAAGCCUCUGGAAGUGACAAUUCAGAAGAUUACAAAUAAUUUGGGGAGUCUUACUUCACCAUAUUAUGUCAGAGUCCAGUCCAAUGAGUAUGAUAUAAAUGACCAGAUGAAACAUUAUUGGAACUUGUCUGUAAAUCCUCUUAGCCCUAACGUGGAUUCUGUACCAUUCCAUAAAGUCAGUUCUCAUGAAAAAGAAGUCAAUGAAUUACCUAAUGACAAUUCUGCAGAAACAGGGGCACCUGACCUCAGCCCUGUGUUGGCUUCAGAUCUUGGGCAUGAAGAACAUGAAGUAUUUAUCGGAAAUGGGCACUCAAAUGAAGAACCUGCCAAUUACAACAACAAUAAAAUCAGUGGAUCUGUUGGAGUGCAGUCAAUUCAGGAAAAAGGACAUCUAGAACAAGUUUCACCUAAAUGGACCACACGGCACAAUGUAGAUGUGCUGAAUGCACAAGCUGAAUUAGACAACUCUGUGACCAACCAAAUCAAAAGUGAGCUGUAUAAUUCUGAUCAUCAGCUGUUGCCCAUGUUGGAGGAAAUGAUACCUCAUGGGAAUAUGACUGAAGAGAUUUUAUAUCAGCCUGAGCAAGAUGAACUUAAGGACAUUAAUGGUCAUGAUGACUUUUAAACAUGUUGACUUUAAUGAUGGAUUGUGAUGCACUUUAGCCCUUGGGGUAAACUGUGCAGUGUUUACCUGUAAAAACCUUUUGAAAUUUAAAUGCCUAUUUAAAAAGAAAAACUACCAGCUAUUUUUCUAAUGUGAUGUGUUUAAUAUUUGGUUGUAUAAUGUAUUAUGAUAUCACUAUUUACAUGUAUUUUGUGUCGCGACUUAAAUAAAGAACAACUU